GUGCAGAGACAUCUCAUCUGCAUCGUCCCAACAGCAGCUCAUCUUGGCCUCUCCUGUGAUGAGCUCAGUUUGCUCGUUGGUGCCCGCAAUGGAUAGGCUCCUCGCCGGCUUCCUUGGCUUUCUACUGAUUGCGUCGGUAGGAAGCCAUGCAGCUCGGGCUCCGGAGCAAUACUGGAAGUCUGCUCUUCCCAACACUCCCAUGCCAAGCUCCCUCUCGCAGCUCCUGAACACUCCAGCGGGAGGCACGUCAGUGAACGUCGGCUGGGGAGGUGUCCAUGUCGACGCUGGUCAUGGGAAGCCCGGGGGCACGACGGUUGAUGUUGGCAAGGGUGGCGUCGGCGUCAACACCAAGCCCGGCGGGACUACGGUCGGCGUCGGCAAGGGCGGCGUGGGCGUCAACGUCAAGCCCGGGGGCACCACGGUCGGCGUUGGCAAGGGCGGCGUCGGUGUCAACGUUAACCCAGGCCACGGCAAGCCCGGUGGAACCACCGUUGGUGUUGGGAAGGGCGGCGUGGGCGUCAACGUCAACCCCAGCAGCGGCAAGCCCGGAGGCACCACAGUCGACGUUGGCAAAGGUGGUGUAGGCGUUAACGUGAAACCCGCAUAUGGUAAGCCUGGUGGCAGUGGCACCACGGUUGGAGUUGGGAAAGGCGGCGUCGACGUGAACGUCAAGCCCGGCAGCGGCAAGCCCGGCGGCACCACGGUCGGCGUCGGGAAAGGCGGCGUGGGCGUUAACGUGAAACCCGCAUACGGUAAGCCUGGUGGCAGCGGCACCACGGUUGGAGUCGGGAAGGGCGGCGUCGGCGUGAACGUCAAGCCUGGCUACGGCAAGCCAGGCGGCACCACGGUGGGCGUUGGCAAGGGCGGAGUGGGCGUCCACGUGAGACCCCGCGGGAAGCCCGUCAACGUCAACGUCUCGCCUUUCAUAUACAACUACGCCGCGACAGAGACACAGGUGCACGACGACCCCAGCGCCGCGCUCUUCUUCCUGGAGAAGGACCUCCACGCCGGGAAGAAGCUGGCCGUUCACUUCAUGGCCACGACGGGCGCCGGAGAGAAGUUCCUGCCGCGGAGCGAGGCCGACGCCAUCCCCUUCUCCUCCGAGAAGGUCCCUGAGAUCCUCAGCCGCUUCUCCGUGAAGCCAGACUCCACGGAGGCGGCCCAGAUGACGCAGACGCUGCACGACUGCGAGGAGGCGGCAGCGAAAGGGGAGAAGAAGUCGUGCGCCACGUCGCUGGAGUCCAUGGUGGACUUCGCCACGUCCAGCCUCGGGACCAGCCACGUCAGGGCCGUCUCCACGGUGGUCGGGAAGGAGGGGUCGCCGAAGCAGGAGUACGCCAUGACCAGCGUGAAGCGCACGGCCGGCGCCGACCGGCUCGUGGCCUGCCACGCGGAGCCGUACCCGUACGCCGUGUUCGCGUGCCACCUGACGCAGGCCACGAGGGCGUACACGGUGUCGAUGGUCGGCAGCACGGACGGCACGGCCGUGGAGGCCGUCGCGGUUUGCCAUGCCGACACGGCCGGAUGGAACCCGAGGCACGUGGCUUUCCAGGUGCUCAAGGUGAAGCCCGGCACGGUGCCGGUCUGCCACUUCUUGCCGCAGGACCACGUCGUCUGGACCCGCAGCGGCUGAAGCCCGGACAUGCGCCGUUCGUUCGUGCGCGCCACUAUACAGUCUAGUGCUUUGCUAUUUGAAUGCGUGUCUUUGUGCAGAUACUAUCACUACGGUAUCUUGGAUCGUCGCAUACGGUUCGCUUGUUGCUAUUUGUAUUGGAUUGUGUUGCCAGUAUCGCCCGGUCGUCGGCUUGGGCUAUUUGCUGUAUAGUUUAGCACGUUAAUGCAAUAAACAGACUGGUACUUACCUCUCUACUA